AUGGCGACAGCGGCUGCCCCGUCGGUAGCCGAAAUCUGGAAGGAGGCUCUGAGAUAUCGGCGCAUUUUGGACAAAAAGGCCGAGGCGCUCCACAAGACCGUCGGCAACGGAAACGAAAAUGCCUACUUCGGCACGCUGGACGAGGCGCUCAGCGCUUUCCGCCUCGGGAGUGUGGCCACCGUCUUCAACGACUUCAACUUUGCCACCGAGAAAAAGGUGGACAAGCAGCUCUGGCAGGCCCAUGCCCUGAUCAACAACAAGUACCGCAGCGUGCUCGCUGUCCUGGGCUCCAAGACGGAUCCCAAGGUGGUGCUCCACCGCCAGGUAGAGAGGAAGUAUGGCAAGUUUUUGCGCACGUCGCAGUCCUUUUACAAGGGCUACCUGCAACGCCUCUCGAAGCGCUAUCCGAUCCCCGAGCUGGAGCGGGUAGCGCACUCGAUCAAGACGGAGGAUGCCGCGCAGGUCGAGGUUGCUCCUGAUCGCGAUGCCGAUAUCAACGCCAAGGUGCUUGUGUCCUGUCACGCGACGCUGCUCCACCUUGGCGACCUGUCUCGAUACCGCGGACAAGUCGAGCGCAAGACGCAUACCUUUGACAAACCCCUGGCCUACUACAGCCUGGCCAACGACCUCAUUCCCAACUCGGGAUAUGGUCACCAUCAGAUGGCCGUCGUCUUCCUUGGCGAGAAAGACAAAGACCUCGCCGCUGUCUAUCAUCUUUACAGGGCGUUGGCCGUCCAGGAACCUCACCCAAACGCGCUGCAGAAUCUGGAGGUGGAGUUUAAGAAGCUCCGGCCUUCCAGCCCUCCGCGCGGGCGCAAUGCAUCUCUGGAUCCUCAGGUCACUCUUGCCACGUGGUUUGUCAAACUGCAGGCCAUAUUCUACACCGGGGAGACGCUGCCUCAACAGGCCGAGCUCGAAGGAGAGGUCGCGCACCGGAUGCAGAUGCUUCUUGUUACCAAGGACAGUAACGAAGUGCUCAUGAUGAUGACGCUCACCAACAUCACGGCAUAUUAUAUUGCCCGUCAGCGCGCCGAGAAGAAAUGGUCUGUUGAGCUGUCCCAGUCGUGCCAGUUCAUGCUCAGCUUCAACAUCCGCAUGAUCCUGGCCGUGAGCCGAGUUGUCAUGAAGGAGAUCAAGGGCGCGCUCGAGGCCAUGCCGGGUGAGGAACCGGAGUCUGCGUCCGCAUCUACUAAAGAGACAGACCGCUUCCUUGCCGUCAUGACUACGGGAGUGCCUAUUCUCCGUAUAUUCAUGAUCUGGAUUUGUCUGCAUCGCGCCGACCUCGUCAAAUAUGCAGACCAUCUCCCACAUCUUGUCGAGGCACACGCGUCACUCGCCGAGACCAUCUCGCUUCUUAUCGAAGCCUUCCGCGACGAGGACCUCGGUAUAUCGACCGCCGAAUACCUCCUCCGGGAGGACAUUGAGACCAUUGGCUUCGAGCCACUCAGGAACGAAGCUGCCCCGUUCGUCUGCCGAGCGAUGCAUUAUACCCUGGAUGGCAAACAGAAGCAACGGCUGGAGAGCGACAUCUCCAAGAAGCUGCAGGACAACGUCGAAACCCUGUCGAGGAUCAACGACAUCAUAAACUGCGGAUACUUUCUAGCCACAGACCCCAACUACCCUCUGCAGCUCACACAGACGCAGAAAGGUUCAAAGGUCCUGACCACGUUGACCGUCGCGGUUGGGGGCGGCAAUGACAGUCACGUCCAGGGUUCGAAGAGAGGCACCAUUGCGACCUUUGCGACACAACCCGUCACCCCACAGAAGCCCUCAGCACCGACGACUCCUGCUCUCCAUCAGGCCGUGAGAGACAGCCCUAAGCAAGAGGUUGAAAUGGCCAACACGAACGUGCCAAUGCAGGAGUCUUGCCUAGCUGUGGAAGCAGAGGAGUCGACAGCUGUAGAUUUUGGCGUCGAUGGAGAGACUCUUGAUCGUGUCAAUGAGUUCCUCAUGCCGCCCGAGGUGGGCUCGCCCAAAAGCCCAGUGAUGGACGAGACUUCAUAUGGAAUGCACUCGACAACAGCGAACGAGAUCUUCGGCGCCCUCGAGCCGCCGGCUACAACACCGACGUCAGCCAGCAAGAAAGCCUUCCCCGGCCUGCCGUGGGAUCUCAUCUACACGCCAACACCCCUUCGGACUAGUGGCAACGCUGCGGCGGGGUCGCCCAUCCUGGCCCCUCCCAUCGUUGAUUUCGGCCAGCAGUAUCCCUCGGCGAUUGCUGUGAGCCCGUCGGAGCAGGUUCCCAUGGCAGCAGGUCUGGGCGCCCCCGUCAGACAGGCGCAACAGGCCCUCAGGAACCAGGUGCCAAGUCGGCAGCAGUCCAUCACGGAACCGGGAAGGCAUGAGAUGUAUGACCACGAGCGGAUGGAGGAGGUAGCUAAGGCCGCAACCUGGAAGGUUGACCAGCGGCACCACCAGACCCUCGUCCCGACGCCGAGGAUCCCAGCCUCCAACUCUCUCCAGUCCCUUUCAUCGCUCUCUAGCCACAGUCCCGCCGGCGCGACGCGGCAACAUCGCUCGUCCAGCUACACGGCCACUCCAUUCUUUCAGUCAUCGAACUUUUCCCCCGGCCCGUCUGGUCUCCCGCCAAUCAACAGCCCGUGGGGUCUUCCACCGGCUGCUCGGGUCGCCCAUGUCAGCCAGAAUAAUCGGACGCCCACUGCGCCCAAGUGGACAGAGAGCAGCAUUUGGGGAUCAGAGCCUGUCGGAUCGAACGGACAGGCACAGUCACAGGCAUUUUACGGCUCAAUGAAGCCGUCGGAGGAUCCGUCCAGCACAUUUGAGCAGGAUCCGACUUUGCUGCAGGCCAUGGCCAACCAAACCACAGCACAAGCGGCUGGCAAGCUUUAG